UGCCGACAAGAGAAAGGAAAUGCGCCGCGCUCAUCAAAACGCAUGCAACUUGUGCGGCGCAUCCUGCGCCAGCAUCACUACCACAGCCCGCGACCCGUCACACUCACAUUCACUACAAAGCCGCGCCGUCUGCGGCUGGCUUCUUCGCAGCACCCAACCAAACCCCAACCCCCACAAGAAGCCGAUAGCAAGGACGACAGACGUGCCAGCAGCACCGACAGCAGCCAUGGCGCGCCGGUCUCUAGCUCCGCUCGCGCCGCCGCCAGCCCUCGCUGUCACCGCCGUCGUCGUCCUCGCGCUCGCGCUCUGCUUCAACCACCCCGCCUCGGCGCAGUCGGCCUGGCUCGACGAGUUCCGCACGGACGGCGAGGUCCGCUCCGACUUCGACGCCUCGGGCAAGCAGGUGGCGUCGCUGGUCCUUGACAAGAGCUCCGGCGCCGGAUUCAACUCCACGGAGAAGUACCUCUUCGGCGAGUUCAGCGUCGAGAUGAAGCUGGUGCCCGGCAACUCCGCUGGCACCGUCACCUCCUUCUACCUGACGUCCGGCGAGGGCGACGAGCACGACGAGAUCGACAUGGAGUUCAUGGGCAACUCGAGCGGCGCGCCGACGGUGCUCAACACCAACGUGUGGGCCAGCGGCGACGGCAAGAAGGAGCACCAGUUCUACCUCUGGUUCGACCCCUCUGCCGACUUCCACAAGUACACCAUCAUCUGGAACGCCAAGAACAUCAUCUUCCGCGUCGACGACGUCGCCGUGCGCGCCUUCCGCCGCUACGCCGACCUCCCCUACCCGGACGCCAGGCCCAUGGCGGUGCACGCCACGCUCUGGGACGGCAGCUACUGGGCGACGGAGAAGGGCGAGGUCCCCAUCGACUGGGCCGCCGCGCCCUUCGUCGUCUCCUACCGGGGCUACACCGCCAACGCCUGCGUCACCCGCGGCGGCGGCGGCCGCACGUCGUGCCCCGCCGGCCGGAACGAGUGGAUGGACAGGGAGCUGGACGACACCGACCGGCUCACCGUCGCCUGGGCUCGCCGGAACUGCCUGCAGUACAACUAUUGCGAGGACGGGUGGCGCUUCCCGGAGGGGUUCCCCGGCGAGUGCAGCCGCGAAUGACCCGUGCCUGUCACCACAGUCACCACUCACCCUACCCUGUGGCUGGUCCGAUCCGUCCGUCCAUACAGACACGCAGGCAUCACCAUUGUUCUUGUAGAUCAUGAAGUUCCUUUCUUCCCCUUGGAUAAUUAUAUUCUUCUUCUUUCGGUACAGCAAUAGCUAUGUAACUUCUGAGAAUCAUUUUUUGGUCAGCGAGUAAUAUAAAUUCAAUUUUCACCAUAGAAAGUUAGAAACCGAAUAGAUUUGAAUGUUUUUA